AUGUUUGAAUGGUUUCAAUUUCAUUCGUCUUUACUUCCAGAUACAGUUGGCAUUAUGUCAUCGUUACCUCCAUCUAAUGAAGUGAUGGAAUCCAUUCCCAAUAAACAUACUGAAAGACUAUCUUCGAAUGAAUUCAAGUUUUUAUUUGAUCAAUAUGCAGAACUGUUUUCUCCAAAUACAAGUGCUGAAAUUAUCCAGUCACUGGCACAAAUCCAGUCGUUACAGUCUGACGAUGGAUUCUCACAUCUGACACAUCGUAUUGUUUCACUAGUUUACAAACGAUUAGUUGAACUUACUGAAAAAUUUGUUUUAACUGGUGGUACUUUGUCUAACGAUGAAUUUAUUUUAAUGGAAAACUGUCUUAAGUUUAUCUCUAAUGUAUUGAAAUCAGUGUUCAACGAGGAUUUGGACAAUGAGAGCAAUGAGCAUCAUAGUGAUGAUGCUAAUAAUGAAGAUGAUGAUCCAAGAUUGAUGAUACGAGAAACUUUGUAUCGGGAAAUAAUUCCAUUAAAUGAGUCAUUCUUGAAAUUUAUGCAAUAUGACAGUUGGCAAUUCAUGGAAAAUUACCAACAUAUUUUGGGAAAACUCAUUGAGCUUUUAAUUCAACGCGGUAACAUGAUGGCUUCACAAUUGUACUUUAUGAAAAAAGAUGAAUUAUCAAAUCUAGAAUAUGACGAAGAUAAUCAGCUACUUUUUCAUGCAGUUGUUAACUAUGUGACUUCAUCACAUUGUGUUGAUGGUUAUGUAGCAGCAGUGAAACGACUUAACAGUACAUCAACAAGUGACUAUGAUAGACUUUUAUUAUUUGAUAUUUUUAAUUUUAUUAUUGAUAAUAUUCUUUACACGGAAGAGUUUCGAAAGGAGUUUUGCAGCCAUUUUUGGUUACCAAAAUAUGAAAACCUGUUGAAAGAAUUAUUACCGACAACAGAAGUAAUAGGAAAAGACCAUGAUAUUCAUUUUAGACCAAAUGUAAUUAAAUAUUUGAUUACUAAUCUCGUGAAUAUGCAACUUACAACAGAAAGUGCAUUCAGGCCACUGCAAAGACCAGUACACAACUUUGAAUUGAAAGAUGAAUAUUUGCCAAUAAUUAAAAUGGUACUACCUUGGUUUUCUGACUCAUAUAUUUUGGAAGGUCUCAUAAAAAAUGAUAGUGAUAAUGAUUAUGGUACAAUACCAUUUCGAUGGGAUGAUAACUACUAUGAAAAUACGACUGAAACUUUGACAAUUACAUUCGUUACGUGGACAAUAUUACAGUUAAUUCUAAUGUUCAUUAAUACCGAUGGAGAUUGUCUUGCGGAAGUAAAACAUAAUACUGAAAUGAAAAAAAUAUUAUUGCAAUUAAUGAAUCAAAUAAAAAAUGAUAAUCCAAUUAAAUUAUGUAUUUAUAACGUUUUGGCAUUAUUACUAGAUGAAAAAGAUAUUAAAAAUGAAGUAAGCUUUACGAAAGAAAUAAUUUCAACAUUAAUAACUUCCAUACGUAUUGUUAAUCAAGAGGCAGCAAUUGGUGAAAUACAAGGUCUCUUACGUUUAAGAGAUUUGAUAACAUUGUUGACAACACUCAAAGGUAAGUUUCGAACAAGCUCUAUCAAGUAG